CAAGAAUGCAGAUUAUACGAACUGACCUCCAUUUUGUCGCAUUUCUAUUAUUAUUUCACGAUUUAUUUAGCUUUGCUACCAAAGAAACGCUUAAAUUCUUUAUGUAGCUGCAAUAUAUGCUCAUGUACUUCAAAAACCGAUGAAAAAAGACCAUUUUCGAGGAACGAUUUGACGGAUUAAAGCAAAGAAAGCGGUGCCAAGCUCUUCGAGUAUCGGGUUAUUUGAUGGCGAAUUCAUCAGACUUCAUCGUGAAUUAAACCGUUUUCCAUGGCUUAUGGAAGUUUUCAAGGCCUAAGUUGUCCAUAUUUCGUAUUUCAAAGAAUCUACUUCAAGAGAAAUUCCUUUGAUUUCGAUGUAAACUUUACCUGUAUUUGAUCGAUGAGUGUUUAGUACAAGCUUAUUUAUGGUUGACUGACGACGAUGUAGAGACGACGCUCUGUAUUGAAUUGACUCUUUCUUUAUUACACGUGUUUGGGAUCUACAGCGACUCAUACGAUGAAGCGAAGUAAACGUCUACUAAAAACACAUAAAGCUUCAAAAGGAACGACUAAGAUUGCUAAAACGAAGAAUAAUUGUUCAAGAUCUACUGGACGAUCCGGCACACAAACUUCUGAGACUUCUGCGGAGUGUAAACAAAGCAACGAAGAGAGUGAUACAGAAUCUGUAAAAACAGGUCCCCAUAUUCAUCGCACUCAAAGAGUUGAUAGCAUUAAUAUUGAACAACAAAAGACAACAGACGUUGCAGGAUCGUCUAACGAUGACAUCAGUGACAGAUAUAGGAGUUCCCCUGGGGGGACAACAGAGGAGGUUUUUGUAAGUCAAGGAACACAGGAAUUAAAACGCAAUGAGCGUCAAAGUCCUACAAUGCCGAACUUAUUUUAUCAGGAUAAUGAUGGAGACACGUAUCUACACAUCGCUAUUGUUCAGUGUAAUCAAAGUUUGGUUCGUUUUCUUGUUCAAGCGAUGAAAGAAACUAAACUUGAUGUCUACAACAACUUGAGACAGACUCCUCUUCAUCUAGCGGUUAUAACUGGUCAAGAGAACCUGGUUCGGGAGCUUAUCCAAUCUGGAUCGGACAUUAAUGCAUUGGAUCGUAAUGGUCAGACCCCCCUUCACUUGGCGUGUCAGGGGGGACACGUUAAUAUUGUAAAGGCAAUUUAUGAGUGUACGGCCGCUGACCGCAGUAGGCUCAAUGUCAACGCUAAAAACUUCGAAGGUCUAUCUCCACUUCACCUAGCAACGAUCUGUGGUAAUCGCGAUUUAAUAGGGAUGGUCAUCAGUAUGGGAGCCGACAUCAAUAUUAAGGAUGCAAGUAGCGGUCGCACAGCUCUUCAUCACGCAGUCGAGUCAGGCAGAUAUCACGUGGUAGAGUACUUCCUGUCACGUGGUGCAAGUGCGAACGUCCCUACGUUUUCUGGUAACACACCUCUUCACACGGCAGCAGGGCGACAAAUGCAGGAAAUGAUUAAUUUAUUAAGUAGAUAUGGCGCUGAUGUUAACGUGGCUAACAUGGAGGGCGAUAAGCCAAAAGUUGUACAUGAAAGUGAACAGGGUAAAAGACAGCUUGAGUCAUCCAGAAAAAGAGCGAAACGACCCAAGGCAUCUUCGUCCGCGGAGACUUCCAAGAAAAAAAUUAACCUAGGCGAUCAAAAAGUGACAUCAUGACCACGUGAUAUUUAGUAACCAAUCAACAUCAUGAAGCAUCACGUGGAGUCUGGCAAGGUCCUUUCAACACUUCAAUGAAAUUAAAUGAUUUAUAUGCAUAUUUUUUACCAAAUAAGGAAAGGAUAUAUGGUAUCCAAUCAGUGAGUGACACGUAAAGGAUGAAAAUGAUGUCAUUUGAGUGUUUUGUUUGAAAGCCAAUCAGCGCCAAGUAGAAUCAGAUACCAAGCACAGUCAGAUGACUUUGUAGUCACGUGCGUGAUUUUAAACAUCAAAUCAGGAGUGGCAUAUUUAGUAUCCAAUCAGUGAUUGACAAGUUAUUCAUGUUUUUGGUUUGAAUAUGGAUAUUUAUAGAAUUAGAGUGAAGCCAUUAAACCCGUGAAAUAGAUAUUAGACUCAUACACAUUAGUAGACCCUAAUUCCAUUGUUGUUGUUGUUUUUUUUUUGUGUGUGUGAGUGUGUGUCUAUUUGACUAUUACACGUUGACUAGUAUUUUUUAUUUCACGGGUUAAAUGCCUUCACUCUAAUAGUCUACUCAAUACCAGGACUGAACAUCUUCACAUAGGUCAAGAAAGACCGCUUAAGGACUGGGAACAGGUACAUUUGAUGAAGAAACGAAUUUUAAAAAAUCCACUUAAAUUGUUUUCAAUUAACGAGAUUUAUUUGUGCGUAAGGACAAAAUGCGCCAAAAAUAUCUCUUUGUAAUUACUAGAACUUUUAAAUAUGACAUUUCAUUAAAAUAAAUGUUAAACGUUUACUUUA